AUGCCUAGCCGGGACCUCACCGUGGUCCGAAUACCGCUCAAGAGAGCCAAGCAUCAUUUCGGAGUUGCCUCCUCGAGGGGCCAACGCUCGUACAACGAGGAUACAAACCAGGCUGGCACCAUCAGCGUGCCAGCCUUUGCCAAGCGGGCUCCCAUCAGUCUUCAGAGAAGGCCAAUCCAGAAGCCCAAUGAGGCAACGUCCGCUGACAGUGCACUUGGUGACCCUCAAGUUUUCUACUUUGGCAUCUUUGAUGGUCAUGGCGGGAGCCAAUGUGCCGAAUUCCUGCGGGAUGAACUGCAUGGUUACAUCGAGCAAGCAUCCGCAGACUUUGGGCUUCAGAGCAGCCUGAAGACAAGCCGACAAGAGACGGGUCGCAAGGAUGAAGACCCGGAGAGAUCCGAAGAGCUCUUCAUGAAAACUGAAGAGGAGGUCAAGGACGAGAUCUUGGUGCCCAAGCAAGACAAACAUGGCGUCUUGAAGAACCCUGAGAGGAAGGAGCCUCUAAAAGGAGUCGAUCCAGUCUCGGCCAAGGUCGAUGACGUCCCCAAGGCCGUCCAGCUGGCGAAAGACCUGGUGGAAGAGUACCGACAAACUGUUGGCGGGUACUUUAGGCGCUUCAAUCCCGAGUACUUCAAGCUUUCGGGAGACAAGAAAGAGAGCGCCAGCGACGAGCCUUUGGUUACGGUGGAGUCGGUUCUCAUGUAUGCCUUUCUCAGAGCAGACUUGGACUUCAUUUCUGCCCAGGCUCGUAAGCCCGACCCCGACGACCCGCAAGCGAGCGACCGUCCCGUGAACAACGACGAAAUCCUCGGGGUACCGCAUAAACCGCCAUCCGGCCACGGUAUCGGCGGUCUUUCGCGCUUCAAGGGCGGAUCGACGGCAUCCAUAGCUCUCAUUUCGACGCCCACGCCAGCGCCUUUCUGGCAUCCCAACGCGCAGUCUACCUUGAUAGUUGCCCAUGUCGGCGACACACGUAUUCUUCUCUGCCAAACAACCACCGGCCUUGCGCAGCCCCUUACGUCGGACCACCAUCCAACUACGCCCACCGAAAGCCGCCGUCUUCGGCGGUAUGCGCCGGCUGGAUCCAUGGUCUCGGCAGACAGCUUCGGCGAAGACCGCAUCGCAGGGCUCGCCAACAGCCGCGCGUUCGGCGACAUGCGAAGCAAGCGCAUCGGCGUAUCGGCCGAGCCGGAAAUCACCCGCGUGGAGGUCUGUCCGGCCGAGUACUCGUUCCUGGUCCUCAUGAGCGACGGUAUCUCGGGCACGCUCAGCGACCAGGAGAUUGUCGACGUGAUCAAGGAGGCUAGGACGCCCGAGGAGGGCGCCAAGGCCGUGGUCAACUACGCCACCGAGGUCUCCCACGACGGCGACAACGCUACCUGUCUGGUCGUUAGGCUUGGUGGUUGGGAGCGCCGGUCCGAGGGCGGCGUCGGCAGCCUUGGGACCAAGGAGAUUCGCGACAAGAGGAGGGCGGAGGCGUUGGACCCUCGGCGGGGCAAACAGUGA